AUGGCGGUGGCCCCCUGGGAGCAGGGCCGCCCCGAGGGGCGGCACGAGCCAGCCCGCAAGAGGCCGGAAGGCGAGAGCGGUGACGCCGACAGGGAGCGGCUGUACGAGCUGCAGCUGCGCGUGCAGUAUCUAGAAGCCGCGGCGCGCGAGCGCGAGGAGGUGCUCGCCCGGGAGAAGGAGCGCUCGGCCAGGGCGCACAAGAAGGUGAAGCAGCUGCUGGGCAAGCUCUCCGAGCGAGACGAGGCGCUGGCCGAGACGCGGCGGGCGCUGCAACACCUGCUCAUGGCCGGCGCGGGCGGCUCCCGAGGAGGCCGCUCCCGGGGCGGCGCCGAGGCGGCUCCCGGCGGCGACGCCGGGGCCUGCGAGGACAGGGCGGUCGCCGCCGCGGCGGAGCCGCCAGAGGCCGCCAGAGCCGCGGCCGCCGCGGCCCGCCCAGGCCGCGCGCGGCAGGCGCGGGGCGGGGCCGCGCCGCCAUGCGGCGCGGCGGCGCCGCCGAGCGCCCAGGCCGAGGCCGCCGAGGCUCCGGUGCUCAGCGGCAGCUCCUCCGUCGACGCCAACGCGGCCGCGCGGGAGCGCGCCGAGAUCGUGUCGCAGCUGGAGCGCCACCUGACGCAGAUGAGGACCCACCUCGAGGGCAGCGAGAAGGAGGCCCGUGAGCUCGAGGGCCGCGUGCGCGCCAAGGAGGCCGAGUGGAACGGCAACUCCAAGGCCAGCCAGCCCACGGAGGUGGUCCGCGCGCACUGGCAGGCGCUGCACGACCUGCGGCAGCAGGCCCAGGAGAAGCGCGGCUUCGCGAUGGACCUUUGCCAGAAGACGCGGAGGCUGGAGGAGCAGAUCUCCGCGCAGAGGGAGCUCAUCCUCGACGACGCGUUUUGCUCAGUCGGGGUGGAGCGGGGCCAGGAGUCGGAGGGCAGCGUCCAUGAGAACGACGAGCACCUCCAGCGCCAGAAGGCCCUCCGCGCCUUCCUCGACGCCGCGGGCGCCGCCGGCGAAGCGCUGCGGGCGCGCCCGGCGCUGCGCGCCGCGCUGAAGGCGCGGCCUCCGAGGCUCACCGGCGAGGCGGCGGAGCAGUGCAGGCCCGAGGAGCGGACGCAGAUGCUCAGCCUGUUCGCCGCCUGGGCGGCCGUCUCCGGCGACUCCCCCUGCGCCCUGCACGUCAGCGACCUGAUGCUGGCGGCGGCGGACGCCGACGAGCUGCGGGCGUCCCUCGCGACGUGCGGGGCGCAGCUGCAGGAGUGGCACAUGGCCCGCUGCCCCGCCGAGAGCGAGGCCGCGACGCGCGCGCUCUGCGCCGGGCUGGCCACGCAGCCGCUGCGCCGGCUGAGCCUCGGCUACAACUGCCUCGGCGUCGCCGGCUCGCUGGCGCUGGCCAACGUGUGCGGCGCCUGGUCGGCCUCGCUGGAGUACCUCGGCCUCGAGAUGAACGGCCUCGGGGACCAGGGCUGCGAGGAGGUGGCCCGGGCCCUGGAGCGCGGGAGCCUGCCCCAGCUCCGGCAUCUGGAGCUGGGCUGGAACGAGCUGUCGGCCUCCAGCCGCGCCGACGCUCGCGUCGCUGCUGACCUGCCCCGGCGAGGGCGAAGCCCUGGCGGCGGCGGCCGAGGAGCAGCAGCCCCCGGCGCCGCGGCUGGAGAAGCUCGGCCUGGCGGGCAACAACCUGGGCUCCGGCGGGGCCAUGGCGCUGGCGCUCGCGGCCCUGUCGGCUCCGGAGCGCAGGCUGGACCUGGACCUCUCCAUGAACCACGUGGAGUCGGGGCCGCUGCACGUGCUGACGGAGUGGGUCGAGGCGUGCGACUGUGCGUCCGUCGGCGUCUCGCUGGGCCUGGAGUGGAACAUCGUCGACGACCCCGCCGCCGUGGAGCGCCUCGCCGCCGCCUGCAGCGGCCUGGCCUCGCGCCUCGGCGGGGCGGCGUGCCCGGGUGCCCCGCGGGCCCCCUUCGUGCGGCUGGCGAACAACGAGCUGCCGGGGCUGGACGCGGGGGCCGUCGUGGAGGACUCCCGCGGCCUCGUCGCCAUGUGAGCUGCUCGGGCCCGCCGCGGGGGACGGGGCAUCUCGGCGCGGCAGCUCGGCGCGGCCGUGGCGUGUGA